UGUUAGGGUUCUAUCCCGAUUUGGGGCUUUUCAAUUCUGGCAAUGUUAUAGUCUGAAUCGAGUUGGAUAAGAGCAUUGGAGAAGAUGAGUGGCGUUAUGAAAGUAAAGAUGCAUUAUGGUGGAUAUGGUUCUGUAAAAGAAGAUUUGUUCAAUUACAUAGGAGGGUUAGUGAAGGAAGACAUGACCAUGGAUCCUGAUUAUGCAACAUGGUCCCUCUUUGACGAGUUUUGUGAAGAAAAUGGGAUGUCUGGGGUAGUUGAGAAGGUAUGGUAUAAGCUUCGAGAUGAAGAGAUUGGUUUAGCAAGGCUAAUCUAUGACGACAAAGAUGCCCAGAUUAGGCAGAUGUGUCGGGAAGCAAUGACAAAAACUGGUGAUAUUGACAUUUACAUUCAUCAAAUGGGUUGUGGGGAACAUCAUGAAUCUGAUGGUGAGGAACCAGUUGAGACGGGAGCUGAGGAUAAAGGUGUUGAAGACAAGGGUGAAGAUCCGGUUGAAGAAGUAGGUAAUGAUGACCCUAGAUUUGAAGCUUUAUAUAAUGAAAUCCACACAAGUCAGAGGGAUGAAACUGAGGGACAAUGUGCUGUUGAUGGUGGUGAACGAAAUGUAAAUGAGGGUGAAGCUGCUGUUGAUGAGGAAGAAUUAGAAAGACAAUGUGUUGAUGAUGAGCAUCCUAAUCCUGCACUUGAUACAGAUGAUGAAUGGGAAGAAUUCAAUCGUGAUCCAGAUGACUAUGUGGAUAAACACUUCUUGACCAGUUGGUGGCAAGACAAUUACUCAGAAAAUAUUAAACCUGUGAGAGGUGAAAGGAUGUGGAAAGCACAAGACAAAGGACCCAUUGAGGUGCCUGAAAAAAGGAAGCAAAGAGGAAGGCCAAAGAAGUAUGCUAGGAUAAAAGAGGCUCAUGAGUCAUCGACAAAUCCAAACAAGGUAACAAGGGAUGGAAGAACCAUGACAUGCUCCAAUUGCAAAGGAGCUGGACAUAAUAAAAGUACUUGUAAUAAACCCGUUGCUCCUUCAUAUCUUCCAAGAAAGAGGGGCAGACCAAGGAAAACUCCGAUUGAUAAUCAUGAUCCAUGGAGUAUACAAAAUGCACCUAGACGGCUAAGGACAGUUCAAAGCCAAACCAUACCAUCUGUUCCUCUAAGCCAAUCUACACCAAUUGAUCCUAGUCCAUCAACAGCUCCACCUACUAACACCGAAGCUUCUACUACUGGAAAAAAACGUCGCGGUCGUCCUCCAGGCAGCCGAGGAAGAGGUCGUGGCAAAGGGCUUGGCCGUGGGUCAGAUGCACCAAAACCUCCUAUUUUCUUCAUGUCACCUUGGACUAAUACUGUUUUUGAUGCGUGGCGCCCUCAAGACCCUUAGGCAUUACUAUGUUUUAUUUUGUAACAAGAAUCUUAGGGAUUAAGUUAUGUUAUUUUGUUACUGGAUACUCCUACCACUUAU